AUGGUUGGUAAAGCUGCGUUAGCAGUAGGGGCGGUGUUUACCCCAUCAAGAAAAUUGUCCUCUCUCUCAGUUUUGAGGAGGGAAGCUGGACAGAAUUUGGAGGAAACUGCUGCAUUAGGAGAUGAAGCAAAUAAAGAAAUGGAAAAACCCAAGAACCUCUUCGACAAGUACCAUUCGAGUUACUUUGGGAAAGUUGGUAUGAGGUACUUCCACAAGCUCCGUAACAAAUUCCAUUGCCUCAUUGUCAACAUCGAUAAGCUCUGGUCUUUGGUUCCUCAAGAAGCUAAGGACAAAGCUACCAAGGACAACGUCCCUUUGAUUGAUGUCACCCAGUUCAGAUACUUUAAGGUUAUGGGUAAGGGAGUUUUGCCUGAAAAUCAACCUGUUGUUGUUAAGGUCAAGCUGGUUUCCAAGACUGCUGAGAAGAAGAUUAAGGAAGCUGGUGGGGCUGUUGUUCUCACUGCUUAGGUUGUUUUGUUUCUUGGAUUUACUAAGUCUGAGGUUCUAUUAGUAGUAUUAUAAUUUGGCACUUUUUUGGAUUUACCCCUUUAAUUUUGUUGUUAUGAAAUGAAUGUUAUUGGACCCUUUUUAUGGAUGUUUUUAAUGUUAUUCAGCAGAUUAAUUUCUGCA